AUGAGAUUCAACAUUGAUCGUUUGUUCUUCCUUUCUCUUGGGGUAGCAGUUUCUGCUGCCCCAGUGCAGGAAUUGAAUGAAAGGGAUCUCGUUGAGCGAGGAGCUGGAUUCAAUACCUUCUUGAGCAUUCUCCUCAGCAACCUUCCGGUGAUCGACACGACGAUCACCGAAGGUACUUCGUUGAUCACCGACUUUGACAGUGUUCUCGCAGCUUUGACUGGGGCUCAAACCACCUACAAUGAGCUGGGGGGGGCAUGCAGAAAAUACACCGUGAUCUUCGCUCGUGGUACAGCAGAACCGGGCAACGUUGGCGUUCUCGUUGGCCCUCCGCUGUUUGAUGCGAUGGAUGACCAGUUUGGCUCCUCGGCAAUCACUGUGCAAGGUGUCAAUGACUAUUCUGCCUCGGUUCAAGGCUAUCUGGAUGGUGGAGACCCUAAUGGAAGUGCCGAAAUGGCCCGUCAGAUCAAGGCGGCAAAGGCGCAAUGCCCCGGUACCAAACUGAUUGCAUCAGGAUACUCCCAAGGCUGCCAGAUCGUCCACAACGCAAUCAACCAACUCGACAGUGUUACUGCUAGCUGGAUUUCGAGUGUCCUGCUUUUCGGAGACCCCCUCAAAGGACAAGCGAUGAACAGUGUCCCAGCUUCGCGCGUCUUCACUGCGUGCCAUGCUGCGGAUGAUAUCUGCAAGGAUGGGAUUCUUAUUGGGCCUUCGCAUCUCACCUAUGCUGUGGACGUAGUCAACGCUGUCAAUUUUGCAGCCUCCGUUUAG